AUGGUCAAGACGGUGGGCGGCGGCCAGCUCGUAGCGGCCUUCGGCGUGGGCGUGGCGGCUGCCAUCGCAGCUCAGUACGUGUACCAGGUCGCUCUCAAGCGUCAAGCAGCCAACGCGCGCGUGUCAAAAUCCACUGUGGCGGCCCCCCGCGGCACUGCCGCCGCCGCGCAGGAGCUCCUGGAGGAGCAGCUGUCCCGCAUCGCCGCCUUCUUCGGACCCGAGGGCUUCGCCAAGGUCAAGGACGCGUUCGUGGUGGUCGUGGGGCUGGGCGGUGUGGGCUCCCACGCUGCGCACAUGCUGGCGCGCUCGGGCGUGGGCAAGCUGCGGCUCGUGGACUUCGACAACGUGACGCUGUCGUCGCUGAACCGCCACGCGGUGGCCACGCGCGCCGACGUGGGUCUGUCCAAGGUGGCGGCCAUGAAGCGCCACCUGCACGAGAUCGUGCCGGACUGCGAGAUCGAGGACAUGGCCGUCAUGUUCGAGGCGGGCAGCGCCGACGAGCUGCUGGAAGGCAACCCGACGUACGUGCUGGACUGCAUCGAUGACGUCAAGACCAAGUGCGCGCUGCUGGAGAGCGUGACGCGCAAGAACCUCAAGGUCAUCACGGCCACGGGGGCGGGCGCCAAGGCCGACCCGACGCGUCUGCAGAUCGGGUCGCUCAAGGAUGCUGUCCGUGACCCGCUGGCGACCAAGAUCCGGUACUUCUUGAAGAAGAAGGGCAUCUCGUCGUCGGAGAUCACGACCAUCUUCUCGAGCGAGAAAAGCGUAUGCAAGCUGCUGCCUUUGGGUGCCGAGCAGGCGCAGAACCCCGAGGAGUUCGGCAACGUGGAGAACUUCCGCAUCCGCGUGAUCCCCGUGCUGGGCACGAUGCCUGCGCUCUUCGGCCAGUCGAUGGCGGCGUACGUGCUGUGCGACCUGGCUGGCAAGAAGAUUAACCCGGAAGCGGUGGCGCGGCUGUCGCGUGACCAGCGCAACAAGCUGUACCAGAAGCUGCAGCAGCGCGAGCACGUGCUGUUCCACGAAGGCCACAAGAUUGAGCUGGAGAAGGACGAGAUCGAGUUCGUCUACCAGGAAAUCUGGCGGGGUCGCAGCUCCGUGAGUGGAGCAAGAAACGGCGGCCACGACCGCCUCUACCUGGCGCGCUGGCGGACGGACCGACCGCUGCACCCGGACAACGUGGUGUACCUUACGACCAAGGAGCUGGCCAAGCUGGACAAGGACGGCGUCGAGGGCUUCGACCCGGAAGUGGUUGCCCGCAUCGACGCUCGUCUGGGCCAGUUUGGCAGCUGGGCGGUGCCUCAGUAG